AUGUGUUUAAGAGCAAGCACUUUUGGCAAAAAGAAACAUUUGCUUUUCAAAUACCUGGUGAUCAGCGGCGGGACGAGUAGCGGCAGUAAAGUGAAGCAGCGCCGUUCUCGAACCAACUUCACCCUGGAGCAGCUGAACGAGCUGGAGCGGCUGUUCGAUGAGACCCACUACCCGGACGCCUUCAUGCGGGAGGAACUGUCCCAGAGGCUCGGACUCUCCGAGGCCCGGGUUCAGGUCUGGUUCCAGAAUCGGAGGGCGAAAUGCAGAAAACACGAGAGCCAGAUGCAGAAGAGCAUAAUGAUGGCGACGAGCACGCCGAUCGAAUCGUCCCGGAUCGCGCCCUACAUCAGCGUCAGCGCCACGCCGCCACCGCCACCUCCGCCGCCGUCCCGCCUGUCGUCGUCGGACCGGCUCCUGCUUCCGACGAGCACAUCGGCCGCGGCCGCCGCCGCCGCGGCCUCGGCCACCUUCUUGCCCUACACCGACCCCGCGGGACUGCUGGCGGCCGCGCAGCACUACUCGGCCGUGGCGGCCGCCGCCGCCGCCGCCGCAGCGUCGGGUCAUCCGGCGCCGUCGCCGGCGAGCCUGCUCUUCUACCCGACGCCGACGCACCCGUUCGGUCUCACGGCGUUGAUGGCCGCCGAAAGGUUGACCACGAAGAACUCGAGCAUCGCGGACUUGAGGCUCAAGGCUCAGAAGCACGCGGCCGCCCUGGGACUGUGA